AUGUAUGAUGUGGAGAAACCUUACAAAUGUGACGAAUGUGAGAAAGCCUUUAACCUGUUCUCAAACCUUACUCAACAUAAAAGAAUUCAUACUGGAGAGAAACCCUACAAAUGUGAUGAAUGUGACAAAGCUUUUAACCUGUUCUCAAACCUUACUCAACAUAAAAGAAUUCAUACUGGAGAGAAACCCUACAAAUGUGAAGAAUGUGGCAAAGCCUUUACCAGGUGGUCAAGCCUUACUCAACAUAAAAGAAUUCAUACUGGAGAGAAACCCUACAAAUGUGAAGAAUGUGGCAAAGCCUUUAACCGGUCCUCAAUCCUUACCCUACAUAAAAGAAUUCAUACUGGAGAGAAACCCUACAAAUGUGAAGAAUGUGGCAAAGCCUUUAACCAGUCCUCAAUCCUCACUCGACAUAAAAAAAUUCAUACUGGAGAGAAACCCUACAAAUGUGAAGAAUGUGGCAAAGCCUUUACCCAGUGGUCAAGCCUUACUCAACAUAAAAGAAUUCAUACUGGAGAGAAACCAUACAAAUGUGAGGAAUGUGGCAAAGCAUUUUCCCAGUCCUCACACCUUAAUCUUCAUAAAAGAAGGCAUAACAGAGAAAAAUUCCAUGAAU